AUUAUUUAUAUUUCGUCUCCCUCAGUCUCUCCCCUCCGCCCCGUCACCCGUUGGAAAAAGUGGAAAGCGCUAUUUUCUUUGUCGAAUUUUCUAUUUCUGAAUUCAUAGUAAACUCUAUUGCUCCCCAUUUUUUUAUUUUCUCCAUUGCAUUACUUCAACUUGCGGUCAAUCAAUCGUAAAGUCUAGGCAAAGUCUGCCAACAACAUUUGGGCCAUAACAACACAACAAUCUCUUUCUGAGGCACCCAGCCGGCAUUCCAACCAAUUCCAUCAUUUUAUAUCUUAUGCGUUUGCGUUUUUGUGUUUGUGAGUUUGUGUGACAGCAAUUGGCAAGGGGCAUGUUAUUAAAAACGAAACUGAAGGAGCCACUGCUCUCUUUUCUGUCGAGUGAAUCACACCACCACCGCUUUUGUUCAUUGGCCGAGCGAGUCAAGGGUCAUACCAGAGGCGUUUGAAUACUGCUCUGGUCAGAAAUCACCAAGCUCAAGCUAAUUGCUCUUGUUCACCAGAGAACUAGGGAUUUUUACAGUUACCCUGGUGGUUCGGCAGCUUGGUCAUUUAUCCUUCAUCUUUUCUUGCAGGAAUUCAGCUUGCAAGCGCUUUAAUCAGACACAAUGUCAGGAAGAGAAGAGCCAAGUCCGCCAAAGUGUGGCUGCAGCAACGAUGUCAUAUUUCCGGAUCCGUCUUUUUCCCGCUGUUGUUCGAAACAAAGAUUGUGGUGGAUGUUGCACUCACAAAAGCUUUGUGAUAUCUCUUUUGUUGUUGGCCCUGACUCUCAGACAGAAACGUUCCAUGCACAUCGAAGCGUGCUCUCUGCUGGGAGUAGCGUUUUUGAGUCUAUGUUCAGUGGGAACUGGGCAGCUGAAUCCAGUAUAAGGGUGCCAGAUGUUGAAUCUUCUGCAUUUUCCAUUUUACUCAGGUAUAUUUACACUGAUGAUGUACUGUUAACAGCUGAAGUAGUGCUACAAGUAUUGUAUGCGGCUAAAAAGUAUGAAAUCUGUAUUCUUGAAAUGCGUUGCUCUCAGUUCCUGAAGAAAAAUUUAUGUAGCAACAAUGCUUUUACUCUACUAAUGCAGGCAAAACUACUAAGUGAAGAUAGUUUGGCAGAGUCUUGUCUAAAAAUGAUUGACAAGAAUGCAGAGGAAGCUCUGUCAUUUGAAGAUUUCCUGGCAAUUGAUUUUCCUACUCUAUGCGAACUCUUGAAGCGAGAUACAGUGAAAGUGAAGGAAACGACUUUAUUUGAUGCCGUUGUUAGGUGGGCAGCAGCAGAAUGCGGCAGGAAAGGUUUGGAGGUCACAAGGGAAAACCAAAGAUCACUGUUAGAAGGAGCAUUACCGUUCAUACGUUUUCCUCUCAUGACUCAAAAAGAAUUUACAACCUUAGUCGCCGAAUCUGGUUUAUUAAAUGAUCGGGAGCUUGUAGAAAUGUUUUAUUACUUCUCUGGUUGUCCGAAAGCUUCUUUAAUGUACAACCGCUCUCCUCGGACUCCUUGUUCCCCCAAACAAUCAUUGAUUGCCAGGAGAUUUCAAUCAUUUGGAGGCCUAUGGGGUUGUAAAGAAGAUUUUGGCAUAGGAUUUUCUGUCAGUGAUGAUGUAAAGUUGUUGGGUUUUGGCCUUUUCGCUGAUAGACAACAUUUUGCAGAAAUAAGUUGGAAUCUACGUUUGUAUGAAAAUGAUGAAUUAAUUUACACUGAACUUCUCAAGAAAAAGAUUAAAGGGAAUCGUCAUUUCAACGUUUGCGGGAUUAUACUGAAGACUUCCAUCCCUUUAAUGGCUGGCAUAUUUUACUCUGUCCUCAUAAACAGCAAUGGUCUUCUCCAUCACACCCAUUCAGGCAGGGAAGGUGUAACUGAACUCGUUGUCGAUGAUCACAAUAAUGCCAGGAGGAUAAAUUUUAGUUUUAUGGAUCCUUAUAAGCCAGAUGAAGAUGAGAACGUAUGCUCCUGUUUGCUAAAUGGACAAAUACCAGAAAUAAUUUUUCAAUGAAUUUGUUGCAUCCAAGAUUAACAACCAUGUGCGCUGUAACCAGCAGACAAUUUUUUUUGACAAUUUUAUCAAUGAACGAUGUGUGAGGACCCACCACAAAGGUCACAGGACGAGACUUUUCUGCCUUUCACACUACCAGUUUGAAACAGAAGUAUUUUGAUUAAAUUCAUUUUUACCUUUUUGAUUUCUAUUUUAAUUUUUAUUUUUAUUCAUUCAUUAUUUUUUAAUUUGGAGAAGUAUUUAGAGACAAAUUUACUUAUUUUCCAUUUACAGUAAGACCUCGAAUUAUCGAAUCGCGAUUUAACGGAUCGAUCCUCCGGUCCCUUCAGCUGGACCGACUAGCGCGAUUUAGCGGAUUCUGCAAUUUAACGGAUUCGGCCUCCGGUCCCGUGAAAUCCGUUAAAUCGAGGUCUUACUGUAGUUACUCAUGUAUUAAAAUUUUGAUUCAGCUGUUCGUGAAAGAUAAGAUUUUGACUGUUCUUAAUUUGUACAUUUAUAUAUGUAAAAUAUGCCAUUGAAAGCGGGGUUUUAAGUCUCACAUGCAACCAGCGCAUGAUUAUAAUACGAGACACAUUUUCGAUCUGAAGAAAACAGCUACAAGCAGAGAAGGCAAAGCGUAUAACCAAAAAUCAGUGGAAAUAUUUAACAACUUAUCUCCUCCAUUACGGAAGGCCUUUUAGGAAGAG